UCGAAUAAUGGCCGAAACAGCGUCGAUGACUGAGGAAACUCCAAGAAAAAUAAGAAAGAAAAGAAACAGGAAUUUUUCUGUGGAUGAAGAAAAUAUCAUCCAGUCAAUGGUGGAGAGUAAUUCACAAGUACUUCAUGAAAAACUGAGCAGUGAAGUUACCAAUAAGAAAAAGUCUGCUAUUUGGAUGGCUAUCACCAAGACAGUCAACAUGAAGGGCGUAGCGCUUCGAUCUGUUGAUGAGGUGAAGGAGAAAUGGAGCAACAUGACAAGAAAGGCCAAGAAAACCUUCACGGACUACAGGCUGCAACAGAGGAAGACCGGAGGGGGACCCCCACCAUCCGAACCGAGUCAGGCUACUUCUCGAAUUAUUGAGAUAAUGCAAGAUUCAGCAAGUUUCAGCGGGAUAUCAGGGGGCUUAGAAUCGGAAAUUCUUCCAAGUUGUGCUGAACGUUCAUCAGUGGCUGAUCCUGGGUUGCCAACUGGUGCCACAGAUCCUACUCCAGCAGCUACUACCUCAACCCCAACAUCACAAAGUCCUGAAGUCAGAGAAUCUCAAGAAACAGAGCACAGUGAAGCAGCACCAAGACUUGAUGACGGACGUCCAGCCAGGCAACUCAAGUUCAGAAAAGAAAUUACAAAACUUAGUUCUUCAGAAAGAGUCUACCAAUUACAGGAAAGAGUUCUAUCAGGAGAGCUAGAAAAACAGGAAAUGGAAAAAAAGAAACUUAAGCUACAAAUUCAACUCCUUGAGCAAAUACUACAACGUGAUGAUAUUGACAAUUUCAGUCCAUCUCAACUGUUACUUUCUAUGAUGUAA